AUGGGAGUAGACAAGAGUGAUUGGGAAUGGUUGGUCAAGGAACAUUUUUUAUCUCAGAAAUUUAAGGACGCAAGUACAAGAAACUCAGUCAAUAGGUCUAAGUUGCGUAUGCCUCAUCGUACGGGUAGCAGGCCUAUUAGAGAGAUUGUUUACGAAAUGGGAGGCAAAGAUGGUAAUCCACCAAACAUGGCAACUAUUUUCUUUGAGACACUGGAAAGGUGCUUUGGACCUCAAUGCAAAAGUCACGUAGUUGGAUUUGGUGGUGGAAUAACAACUAAGGAGUUAAAAGGCGGUACCACCUCAAAGGCUGCAUUGUGGGAAGAGCUGAAAACAACUCGAAAAGAAAAGGAAUCACUACAAAAACGCAUGGAUAUUCUAGAGAGUAAAUAUGAACACCUUGAAAAUAUAGUGAUCUGUCAGUCUUCAUCAGUUCCAUCAAUUCCAUCAGUUGUGCUAUGA